AUGGCAGCUGCAGUUGACGUCCCUGCUCUACCAGGUACGACUAACAUUAAUUCGGACACAUAUGAGACAGAGCUGCUAGUGGAUUCUCUAUCGUCGGCACUGUUGACGAAUGGCAAGGAAAGUGGAAAGGGAGUCCAUCUGGACACAAAUUGGAAGAGACCGUCUCGUCACGCCUUGAUGCGAGUCAAGAAUGGGGAAGGUCUGCUGAAAUUGGUUGGGGGUUUGGACAAGGCCAAGACCAGCGCCUUUGACAACAUGUCGCUGUACAUCGAGGCCUUCAUGGUCAAGCGCCACUACCCGGAUGACAAAAUCGAUGACUACUACAAUCAAGGGACCCUAGUCCGCCUCAUGUACAAAACCUAUGACUACUACAACCAACUUCUUGGCAAGCUGAGGGAACUGUACUACAAGCAUUUCCAACGAUGGGAAGGAAGUCCCGCUGCGGCUCUCCUGGAUCACCAUUCAGAAAAGCUCCUCUUCAUCCGGUGUAACAGUGUCAACAGGACAACACAUCUUCUACGCUCCUACACCUACCUACGGGACGCUGCAGCGGACGGAUUCAGUGCCAACGAAGUGAUUGAGAGCUUGUGGGAACGAGUAUCAGAGAUCCACCAGGAAAUAUAG